AUGAUGAUGAAUGAUAGUAUUGAUGAUCUCCCAGAGCUUUUAUUGGUUGAAAUCAUUUGUCGACUUUCUUGUAAUAAGUUUGUUUUUCAAUGCAAGUGCGUAUCCAAGCGUUGGUGUGAACUCAUCUCUAGUUCUCAUUUUGUUGGGCAAUAUGUACGUCGCCAACGUGAUUUGAAAAAGCCCAUUUUAGGUACAUUAGUUGUAGACAAUGGAACAUUCUUUCAUGUGGAAAACGAGGAUGGUCUGAUGAGUUUGCAGCUACCCGUUAUUUCAGAAGCCGCAGCAGAACAAAAAUUAUUUGUGGUAGGGGCGUGCAACGACUUAGUUUUGUGCUGCCCAAGCAAACUUGAUCACCGUGAAUAUUAUAUUUGCAAUCCAUACACCAAGAAAUGGGUUGCUCUUCCUCCCCCUCCUCGAAUCCAUAAUUACGUAUCCAUAGGGUUAAUUUGUGAUCCGUACUGCAACUACAACUCAUCCUCCUCCUUUGAUGAUGAUGUUUGCAUUAAUGCUGAAUAUAGGUGGAGGGUUGUGCGAUUACGUCCAGAGUUCUAUGUGGACAUCUUCUUUUCUGAGACCGGUGAAUGGAGAGAGUCCGCUAAUGUGGUAUGCGGCUCACGAAAGUAUUUUGAUAUCGUAACUGCAGGCGUUGCUUGCAAUGGGAAGUUGUAUUUUGCAGGUACCGAUUGCGUUACAUCCUCCUAUGUUCUGGAGUUGGAUCCCUUCCAAGGUAUCAGUAAUAUCAGUACUGAUGGAGAUCAUAUUAUUGUUGACAAAUGUCGGUUCAGUCUGGCACCUCUUGAUAUGUCGUCUGACUUGCGGAUACAUGGCAUGUCGAUGUAUCUGGUUCUUGGUGCAUGUCGAGGGCAUUUGCGGGUGAGCGAGUUUGUGAUUGGUAAUCAUUUGAGUGUCUGGGAGUUGGAUGCAGGCGAUGAUAAUUUGAAAUGGCGUUUGGUGGUCGACCAAGUUCCCUUCUCCCAGAUGGAUUCUUCCAAUUCUGAAGAUCCUUUCAUGCCUGUAGAUGAGUGGGGAAAAACUGCGAUAGGUUUCCACCCGAAUAUUGAGGCCAUCUACGUAGAUGCUGGGGAUGGGAAAAUGAUCAGGUGCAACUUUGGUGCAAGAAUGUUAGAGUUAGUUCCAGAGAUUCGAAGUGGGCGCUCGAAUUGGCACCUCUUUUACAUCCACCCAUUUGUGCUCCCAUGGUGGCCCACACCCGUUCCUAGCCUCUAAACUACUCUACUAUAGCGAAAAGUGUGUAGAGCUCUAACUCUGACUCUAGCUUUGAUGCAUGACCACCUUCUUCCAUUCUCUGGUUACUGGCUCCUUUGGCUUUGGCUUUGGCUUGUGUUUUCCCUUGAUUGAUGUGUUCGUAUUGGUGCUUAGAGGGUUUCGAUUUUGGUGUA